GCUAAUAACACGAGCAGCAUGGAAGACAGCACGAGCGAAAUUUUUAUAAUGAUUUGAUUUUUUAUGCUUCUUCGAAGAAAAGGGAUCGUUUGUGGUAUUUCCUGAUGUUUUAGAAUAAUUAUUGUCAAUCAUGUGGUAGUGUUAUCCACCUAGGCUGGAUCAGUCAUGUUUUAGUGCACUUGUUAUCUUUCUAGAAAACAGCCCAAGUGUGUAUUUCGGUUUGUUUUGAAAUAGUUCUUCUUGACUUAUUUGAAAAUUUAUGAUUAUGGCGUCAUCUGGGAAUGCUUUAGACUCGGUUGCAGAGGUGACGUCGCUUCUUGAAACGUGGGAGCGUGAAAAUGGAAGUGGUUUUGAUCCGGUGCCAAUUCUUGACAGGCUGUGUCAGUUACUGGAGAAGGAGACAGAUGCAUAUUACAGGGUCGACCCAGAUCCCUUUGAUGACAGACAUCCUGGAAGGGCAGACCCCAAUUGUGCUCUGGGACAUAUGUUAAAAGCUGUACUGAAGAACAGCAAUUUUAUGGAGAAGGUUGUCAGUAAUUAUGCAAUGAGCGGUAGUGAGCAGGUAUCCCAGCAUUCAGUGGUUUGCCGUCUGCUGUACAAUCUUCUACCAGGUUUAGAAACAACUGUAGUCUUUCAAGAAAAUGAGAGUGUUGUUGCCAAAUUAUUCUCAUGGUCUGAAACUGCAGAGGAGCCACUGAGGUCGUAUGCCACUGGGUUACUGGCAGGUGCCAUGGAGAGCCAGGAUAUCGCUGCCAACUUUAAGGAUCAUAAUGCUGUUUUGGUUCCACUGAUGCUGCAACGCCUCCAUGGUCUACUGAAAGAGAAUAAAAACACAACAGUGGCCCAGAAAGAAAGAGAACGCUUGGAUACGUUAACUGAAAGGCCAUUUGCAAACAUAGGCAAGAGUAGCUCUUCUAGUAGCGCAGUAGAAAGUUGUGUAAAUGAGACCGUAGCUCCUGAGAGAGAAAAUAUUGAAGGAGAGGGAGAUGAGGAGAGAAAAGCGGGGCUUACCCAGUUGCCUAGUUCCCUCAGUGUUGGGGCAUUCACCAGCCCUUUUAAAUCUAAGAGAUUUGAAAUGGGCGAGUGCAGUAGUAGCAGCUGGGCGGAGAUGGAGCCGUUUGUGAUUGGGUCAUCUUACACCCUAGAUCCACUGAGCAAAGAGAUGCAGCAGAGGCUGAUACUGCAGUACCUGACACCUGUAGGGGAGUAUCAAGAGUUGCUGGGUUUCAUGUUUGAACACAAAGCUUUGGAUCUUAUCUUCCACUACAUCAACCUGAGAGAGAACAGGGAUGUAAGGCUGGCAUUUGAUGCUUUGAAGUUCCUUGCUGCUCUCCUGUGCCACAAGAAGUUUGCCAUAGAGUUCAUCAACUUGGGAGGUGUGCAGAGACUUUUGGCUGUCCACAGGCCCUCUGUAGCUGCAACAGGGGUCUCCCUGUGCCUGUACUACCUGGCCUACUUUGAAGAUGCCAUGGAAAGGGUGUGUCUCCUGCCUCAGCACGUCCUGUCAGAUCUAGUCAGUUUUGUUCUGUGGUUACUGGAGUGUUCUCAUGAGUCAGGGAGGUGUCAUGCCACUAUGUUCUUUGGGCUGUCCUUUCCAUUUAAAGUUAUCCUGGAGUUAUUUGACAUGAAAGAUGGGUUGAGGAAAUUGUUUAAUGUGAUGAGCACAUUGCCCAUAGUGAACAUAGAACUACAAGACGCAGACCUGAAUGAAGACGUGGUGUUCACUAAUAGACAGGCAUGUCGCCACGUCACCGUCGCCUUGAAGAAGUACUUUGAGGUUCACCUGGCCAUCAAAGCAGACCACAUCCGCAGAAACCACCUCAGGAAUGAAGGGGGAAUGCCCAUGAUUGAAAUCCCUCCGUAUAAGGCUGCCAAGUUCCCAGCAGAAGUCAUACAAGAAAACAUGGAGAUCUUGCUGGAGUACAUGCCUCUCAGGAUGUACUGGGAACCCGUCAGUGAGUUCCACAAGCUGGGAGGGGUUCAGCUCCUCUUACAGCUGGUUGCCAUGGCAUCAGAGUGGAGUUACUACACUGGAAAAGCGGAGACCAUCAGAUCUGCACUGGAUGUGCUGGGAGUAUGUGCCACAGUACCCAAGGUCCAGUUCAAGCUGGCUGAGGCCAUACCUCUGCCUGAGGAUGUGUCCUCCCCUGCUGUCAGUAUCUUGUUUGGUCUUGCUGACAGUGACAUCCUUCCAGAGCCUGAGGUGCAGAAGUCUGCCCUCCAUGUCAUUAUAAACUGUGUGUGUGGACCACCAGUCAGGCUUGGCAGUAAUGUGGCCAGAUAUGUGUCUGGAAGUGCCAAGAAGAAGACGGCCAUCAAGACAGGAGCUGAUGUCCUGGUCAAGAUGUGGGAGUGUGUCAGGUCCAAUAAUGGAAUCAUGGUGCUGUUAAAACUUCUUACCAUUAAAGUACCUAUCACAGAGGCUGACUCCAUCAGAGCUUUGGCUUGUAAAGCAUUGGUCGGGAUGUCAAGGUCUGAGACCAUGAAGCAGAUCAUCAGCAAGCUUCCAUUGUUUAACAAUGGACAACUGCAACAACUGAUGAAGGAGCCAGUGCUCCAAGAUAAGCGCCUGGAGCAUGUCAAGUUCUGUAAAUAUGCCAAAGAACUGAUAGAGAGAGUGUCUGGUCGGUCUUCCAACCAUAACAUAGAUAUAUCUUUGGACAGGAUCAGGAAGGCAGAUAUUGUGGCCCAGACCAAAAUAUUGUACAAUGAAAAGGAGUUGCUGCAGCUUAUCCAUGACCACCUGGUCUCUCAAGGCCUGACAGAGACUGCGGGGUCCCUCCAGAAAGAGGCCAGCCUGCCGCGGUGCAGUACCCCCCCUGUGGUCCACCCAGAGGGGGCACACAUAUAUGCCACACCCACCACCUCAGGGAAAACCUUGGGCAGACAGUUGAGUGUGCCUGGUCCCAGCACCAGUGGUGUCAGUAUCAGCAGUGGUGCUGGUGGUGGUGCCAGGGCACCCCCUCCCAGUACCCCGGGUACCCCAGGCCAGAUCAAAGUGAACAUCAUCAGCAGCAAGACUAAUAACUUUUCUCCUGUGAUAAAUAAUAAUAGGUUUCCCGUCAGCAGGACCUGUCAGAAGCCAGAAAACAGUCAUCUCGCUGUGCAGACACAUUCCUCCCCGACCACCUCCAGGCAUGACUUCCGCCAUGGAUCUCUCACCCACAUUGAAAAGGAGGUCAGCCUGGAUAAGAUCGUGACGGAGUACCUGCGCGAGCAGCACGCUCUGUGUCCCAACCCUGUCGUGACGUGUCCAUCGUUUUCUUUGCUCAAGCCCCACAGAUGUCCAGAUCCACGGCGCCGCAGCACUGCCCCAACCAGUAUUACUGCCAGGUUACACAGGAGAGAGAUCUUACCGCCUUAUGGUGGAAUAGAAGGUGCUAAACUCACCAGGAAACAUGUAUAUAGCAAAUUUCGGCCAGUCAGGUCGUAUAGGGAUAAUGAAGAGGAUGACUGCUUCUCUUGCUGUGCUUUUUCUAAUGGCCAGGAUUACUUGAUGUUGGGAACGUAUGCAGGAGAACUGAAGUUAUUCAACAUACAGACAGCUGAAGAAGCGGGGUCCUAUGUCUGUCACUCUUCACCCUUGACACAUUUGGAGCAGUCCAGGGAUGGAGGGCUGAUGCUGACAUCAUCAUCUUGGGGAAGACCUUUGUCUGCUCUUUGGAAAAUGGACAAUAUAUUUGAUAUGAUGCAUGGUUUUGAGGAGGACCACUAUCUGGAGUUCUGCAAGCAAUCUCAGGAUAAAAUUAUAGGCACAAAAGACGAAACAGCUCAUAUUUAUGAUAUCAACACAGGCACCUUACUAAUGACCUUAUUUGAUCAGGACAAGGCCAAUAACUACACGCGCAACAGGGCGACCUUUAACUCCACAGAUGACCUUGUCCUCAAUGACGGAGUAUUAUGGGAUAUUGCCAGCGGGAAACCCAUCCACAAGUUUGACAAGUUUAACCCACACAUUAGUGGGGUUUUUCACCCUAUGGGAUUGGAAAUAAUUAUAAAUUCUGAAGUGUGGGACUUGCGUACCUUCCACCUCCUCCACACAGUGCCUGCACUAGACCAGUGUGUGAUCAGGUUUAACACAGCAGGGGACAUUAUAUAUGGUGCUAUUCAUCAGUUGGAAGAAGAUGAAGAGUUAGCAGAGAAUACAAUUAAGAGUCCAUAUGGAUCUUCAUUCAGGACAUUUGAUGCCACAGAUUACAGUAAUAUAGCCACAAUUGAUGUGAAGAAGGACAUAUUUGAUCUGUGUGGGGAUAAUUCGGACAGUUUCCUAGCUGUGAUAGAGAAUCAGAAAAUUGAUGACGGGCUAUCAGAAGAGAGUUGCUGUCGUUUGUAUGAAGUUGGCAGACUUCGUGAUGAAGAGGACCAAGAAGAGGAAGAGGAGGAAGAAGCAGCUGAGGAAGAAGAAGAUGAAGAUGAUGACUCUCAGCUGGAUGAUGAUGCAGAAGAUAAUGUUGACAUGGAGUUUGAGCCGGGUUCCGAGGAAGAUGGUUCUGAGGCUGAGGAGGAGGAUGGCAGAGAGGACAACGAGGAGGAGGAGGAUAAUGAGGAGGAGGAGCUCUUCGAGAUGGACUCCGACAACAAUGACGAUGACUCGGAUGCCUCCUUUGAUGACGAUGUUCUGUUUGAGUUGUCGUCAGAUGCCUAUUGAUUUUUACCUAGAAAUGUUAUGACUACGGAGUUUUCGUAUUGUCAGGAGUACUGUCACAGUACCUGCCACUUGGUUGUAUGAUGCUUGUUUAUCUGACAACAGAAAAGAAUUUUUCUAGGUGGAGGAAAGUUUGGACCUCGUCCUGAACAUUUUUUUGUCAGGUGACUUCUUGAUUUUAAUGAAAGAAGUGGAUUUUUCUUUAUUUAUUUUGGUACAUAUACUGAAAUGAGGUUUGUCACCUUGUUAACAGUGUUGUCUGAGUGCAGCAAAAAAAGUGGAAGAAAAAGAUGGUGAAAGUAAAAUAAAUAAAUUAUAUUCUUAAGUCUCGA